CUUUAUUACUGGCUCUUUUUCAUUUUCUUUUGUUUUCACAGCUCUUUAAAAAUGUAAAAGCCAAAUGUAAAAGCCAUUUGACUCCAGGACUGUGUAUAAAAACAGGCCCUGGGUGGACUGGGCCCCAAGUAAGACCUGUUCCUUCUGUGUGUCCCCAGAACAGAUCUCCCUGUUUCCCUAAACAGCUUCCUUGUCUGAGAUGCUGGUGUGAACUCUCCCAGUUCCUACUUUGGGAAAAGUCAUGCACAUCGCCUCCGUUCUUGGACAUAUUCUCUGGAAUUUCAGGCGAACCCCAAGAUGUCGCUCGUCACCAUGCCCUUCUAUCAAAAGAGACACAAACACUUUGACCAGUCGUAUCGUAAUAUUCAAACAAGGUACCUCCUGGAUGAAUAUACGGCAAAAAAGCGGGCCUCAUCCCAGGCCUCUUCCCAGCAGUCGCUUACUGAGAAGUCGUCUUCCCAGGCAGCUUCCAGCCAGACAUCGCUGUCACAGGCAGGGACAGUCUGCAGGCUCUGCGCCAAGAGGGUGAGCUCCGAGCAGGAGGAGAGGGAGCAUGAGAACAAGAGAAGGUACCAGUCCCUGGUGGCCGCAUAUGGAGAGGCCAAGCGUGAGCGUUUCCUCAGCGAGCUGGCGGAGCUGGAGGACAGUGUGCACAUGGCCCGAGCACAGGCCCGGGAGAAGCUGGACAAAUACACCCUCCAGCAGAUGAUGGAGGACCAGAUGUCCUGGGAGAGGCACACAGUCGAGGAGCGGAUGAGGCGAGCCCCCGAGAUCCUGGUGCGGCUGAGGUCCCACACGGUCUGGGAGAGGAUGUCCGUGAAGCUGUGUUUCACCGUGCAGGGCUUCCCCACGCCCGUGGUGCAGUGGUACAAAGACGGCAGCCUGAUCAGCCAGGCGGCCGAUCCUGGCAAGUACAGGAUUGAGAGCAAGUAUGGCGUCCACACGCUGGAGAUCCACAGGGCAAACUUUGACGACACUGCCACGUACUCCGCGGUGGCCACGAACGUACACGGGCAGGUGUCCACCAACGCGGCGGUGGUGGUGAGAAGGUUCCGGGGCGAGGAGGAGCCACUCCACUCCGUGGGACUCCCGAUUGGGUUGCCCUUGUCGUCUGUGGUUCCCUACACCCACUUUGAUGUCCAGUUUCUGGAGAAAUUCGGGGUCACCUUCAGAAGAGAAGGCGAGACUGUCACUCUCAAGUGCACGCUGCUGGUGACGCCAGACCUGAAGCGCGUGCAGCCGCGGGUGGAGUGGUACCGGGACGAUGUGCUGCUGAAAGAGUCCAAGUGGACACAGAUGUUCUUCGGGGAGGGUCAGGCCUCCCUGUCCUUCAGCCACCUGAACAAAGACGAUGAAGGUCUCUACACCCUGAGGAUCGUGUCCAGAGGGGGCGUCAGCGACCACAGCGCCUACUUGUUUGUCAGAGAUGCUGACCCGCUGGUCACAGGGGCUCCCGGGGCGCCCAUGGACGUGCAGUGCCACGAUGCAAACCGAGAUUACGUCAUUGUCACCUGGAAGCCGCCCAACACGACCACCGAAGGCGCCGUCAUUGGCUAUUUCAUCGAUCGGUGUGAGGUGGGAACCAACAACUGGGUUCAGUGCAAUGACUCCCCCGUGAAAAUCUGCAAAUACCCCGUGACCGGGCUGUUUGAGGGACGGUCCUACGUGUUCCGCGUGAGAGCGAUCAACAAUGCCGGCGUCAGCCGGCCGUCCCGCAUCUCGGACGCCGUGGCUGCCCUUGACCCUGUGGACCUUAAAAGGUUACAAGCGGUCCACCUGGAGGGAGAUAAAGAAAUUGUGAUCUACCAGGAUGACCUCGAAGGCGAUGUGCAGAUCCCAGGACCGCCCACCAACGUCCACGCCUCAGAGAUCAGCAGGACCUACGUGGUCCUCAGCUGGGACCCCCCUUCUCCCCGUGGCAAGGAGCCCCUGACGUACUUCAUCGAGAAGUCCAUGGUCGGGAGCGGCAGCUGGCAGCGGGUCAAUGCCCAGACGGCUGUGAGGUCCCCUCGGUACGCCGUCUUUGAUCUUGCUGAGGGGAAACCGUACGUGUUCCGAGUUCUGUCUGCAAACAAACACGGCCUGAGCGACCCGUCGGAAAUCACUCCCCCCAUUCAGGCCCAGGACGCCAUUGUCACCCCUUCUGCUCCCGGCCGGGUCCUUGUAUCUCGGGACACGAAGACGUCAGUCGUGGUGGAGUGGGACAGGCCGAAGCACGCAGAGGACCUGCUGGGCUACUACGUGGACUGCUGCGUGGCCGGAUCCAACGUCUGGGAGCCCUGCAACCACAAGCCCAUCGGCUACAACAGGUUCGUGGUGCACGGCCUGACGACCGGAGAGCAGUACAUCUUCCGCGUGAAAGCGGUCAAUGCCGUGGGGACCAGCGAGAACUCGCAGGAGUCGGACCCCAUCAAGGUGCAGGCUGCCCUCACCGUCCCGUCCCACCCGUACGGGAUCACGCUCCUGAACUGCGAUGGCCAUUCCAUGACCCUCGGCUGGAAGGUGCCCAGGUUCAGCGGGGGCACGGCCAUCCUCGGCUACUUUGUGGACAAGCGCGAGGCUCAGCACAAGAACUGGCACGAGGUCAACGCCGCGCCCGUCAAGGAGAGGAUCCUGACGGUGGAGGACUUGACUGAAGGUUCAUUAUACGAAUUCAAAAUCGCUGCCACCAACCUGGUGGGCAUCGGGCAGCCCUCGGACCCUAGCGAGCUCUUCAAGUGCGAGGCCUGGACGGCGCCGGAGCCGGGUCCCACCUACGACCUGACCUUCUGUGAGGUCAGGGACACGUCGCUGGUCCUGCUGUGGAAAGCCCCCGUGUAUUCUGGCAGCAGCCCCGUGUCUGGGUACUUCGUGGACUGUAAGGAAGAGGGCUCCGAAGAAUGGACCACCGUCAACGAGGCGGCAACGGCCAGUCGUUACUUAAAGGUGCGUGACCUGCACCAGGGUAAGAGCUACGUCUUCCGCGUGCGGGCCGUGAACGCCAGCGGCGUGGGGCUGCCGUCGGACGCGUCGGAGCCGGUGCUGCUGGAGGCCAGGCCGGGCACGAAGGAGGUCAGCGCCGGCGUCGACGAGCAGGGCAACAUCUACCUGAGUUUCGACUGCCCGGAGAUGACCGACGCCUCCCAGUUCACGUGGUGCAAAUCCUACGAGGAGAUUUCGGACCCGGAGAAGUUUCAGGUCGAGACAGUCGGGGACCACUCCAAGCUGUACUUUAAGAACCCGGAGAAAGGGGACGUGGGGACCUACUCGGUGUCCGUGAGCGACACGGAUGGAGUGUCCUCCAGCUUCGUCCUGGAUGAAGCAGAGCUGGAACGUUUGAUGGCGCUCAGCAACGAGAUAAAAAAUCCCACCAUCCCGCUGAAGUCGGAACUGGCCUAUGAGAUUUUCGAUCGGGGCCAAGUCCGCUUCUGGCUGCAGGCAGAGCAGUUGUCACCUGAUGCCAGCUUCCGAUUUGUUAUCAAUGACCGAGAAGUCUCUGACAGCGAGACGCACAAAAUUAAGUGUGACAAGUCCACCGGCAUCAUCGAGAUGGUGAUGGAUCAGUUCACUGUCGAGAACGAGGGGACCUACACGGUGCAGAUUCACGACGGGAAAGCCAAAAACCAGUCCUCCCUGGUGCUCAUCGGAGACGCGUUCAAGGCCGUCCUGGACGAGGCCGAGUUCCAGAGAAAAGAAUUCCUCAGGAAACAGGGCCCUCAUUUCGCCGAGUACCUGCAUUGGGAUGUUACAGAGGAGUGUGAAGUCCGCCUUGUCUGUAAGGUUGCAAACACCAAGAAAGAAACAGUCUUCAAAUGGCUGAAGGAUGAUGCUCUGUACGAGACGGAGACUUUGCCCGACCUGGAGAGGGGCGUGUGCGAGCUGCUCAUACCGAAGUUGUCGAAGAAGGACCACGGGGAGUACAAGGCCACCCUGAAGGACGACAGAGGUCAGGACGUGUCUGUCCUCGAGGUGUCGGGAAAACUGUACGAGGACAUGGUUUUGGCGAUGAGCAGAGUCUGCGGCAUGUCCGCUUCUCCUCUGAAGAUACUCUGCACCCCAGACGGAAUCAGACUGCAGUGUUUCAUGAAAUAUUUCACCGAGGAGAUGAAGGUGAACUGGUAUCACAAAGAUGCUAAGAUCUCGUCCAGCGAGCACACGAGGAUCGGAGGCAGCGAGGAGAUGGCCUGGCUGCAGAUCUGCGAGCCCACAGAGAAAGACAAAGGGAAAUACACCUUUGAGAUUUUUGACGGAAAAGACAACCAUCAGCGCUCGCUCGACCUGUCCGGUCAAGCUUUCGACGAAGCCCUUGCCGAAUUCCAGCAGCUCAAGGCAGCUGCUUUUGCAGAGAAGAAUCGUGGCAAGGUGAUUGGUGGCUUACCUGACGUGGUGACCAUAAUGGAAGGCAAGACCUUGAACCUGACCUGCACGGUGUUCGGCAACCCCGACCCCGAGGUGGUGUGGUUCAAGAACGACCAGGACCUCGAGCUCAACGAGCACUUCUCCGUGAAGGUGGAGCAGGCCAAGUUCGUCAGCAUGAGCAUCAAGGGCGUGACCUCCGAGGACUCGGGCAAGUACAGCAUCAACGUCAAGAACAAGUACGGGGGCGAGAAGAUCGAUGUCACGGUCAGCGUGUACAAGCACGGGGAGACGAUCCCGGACGUGCAGCCACCCCAGCAGGCCACGCCGAAGCUCAUCCCCGCCUCCUCCUCCGGCCCGGCGCAGUGA